AUGACAUCUAUAUGUGAUUGUACAAGUUUACGUUUUACUCGAAAUGAUAAAUUUCUAGUAGUUAAAACAGAUUCAUCAUUCGAUUUAAUCACUGGUUGGGAAGGUUCUGCUAAUUUAGGACAUGGCUCAAUUAUACAAUUUGGUUGUUAUAAAUCUAUAUUUAGUCGUUCUUUACCUUCCUAUCCAUCAUCAUCAUCAUCAUCAUCAUCAUCAUCAUCAUCAUCAUCAUCAUCAUCAUCAUCAUCAUCAUCAUCAUCAUCAUCAUCAUCAUCAUCAUCAUCAUCAUCAUCAUCAUCAUCAUCAUCAUCAUCAUCAUCAUCAUCAUCAUCAUCAUCAUCAUCAUCAUCAUCAUCAUCAUCAUCAUCAUCAUCAUCAUCAUCAUCAUCAUCAUCAUCAUCAUCAUCAUCAUCAUCAUCAUCAUCAUCAUCAUCAUCAUCAUCAUCAUCAUCAUCAUCAUCAUCAUCAUCAUCAUCAUCAUCAUCAUCAUCAUCAUCAUCAUCAUCAUCAUCAUCAUCAUCAUCAUCAUCAUCAUCAUCAUCAUCAUCAUCAUCAUCAUCAUCAUCAUCAUCAUCAUCAUCAUCAUCAUCAUCAUCAUCAUCAUCAUCAUCAUCAUCAUCAUCAUCAUCAUCAUCAUCAUCAUCAUCAUCAUCAUCAUCAUCAUCAUCAUCAUCAUCAUCAUCAUCAUCAUCAUCAUCAUCAUCAUCAUCAUCAUCAUCAUCAUCAUCAUCAUCAUCAUCAUCAUCAUCAUCAUCAUCAUCAUCAUCAUCAUCAUCAUCAUCAUCAUCAUCAUCAUCAUCAUCAUCAUCAUCAUCAUCAUCAUCAUCAUCAUCAUCAUCAUCAUCAUCAUCAUCAUCAUCAUCAUCAUCAUCAUCAUCAUCAUCAUCAUCAUCAUCAUCAUCAUCAUCAUCAUCAUCAUCAUCAUCAUCAUCAUCAUCAUCAUCAUCAUCAUCAUCAUCAUCAUCAUCAUCAUCAUCAUCAUCAUCAUCAUCAUCAUCAUCAUCAUCAUCAUCAUCAUCAUCAUCAUCAUCAUCAUCAUCAUCAUCAUCAUCAUCAUCAUCAUCAUCAUCAUCAUCAUCAUCAUCAUCAUCAUCAACAACAACAACAACAACAACAUCAACUUCAAGAUGGAUGACAAUGAAUAAUAGUUCAACACAAUCUUCUUCUUCACAUGAAUCACCAGUACUACUUACAGAUUCUUUAUCAGUAGUAACAAAAGAUUUUUUAAAAUUAUCUAAAAAUAACAAUUUACUUGUUCAUUAA